UAAGCCCCCGCUCGACCGUCAGAACACAUUCCGCGUUCAACGCUCAGCGCUAACGCACGCACUCACAACUCACACACCAAUGUCUACCAUGUCUUACGAUCUCGCGUACCCGAUCACGGACGACGGCCCGCAGCCCGUCUCGCGCACUUAUCAAUAUCGCAAAGUGAUGAAGCCGAUGCUCGAGCGCAAAAGGCGCGCUCGCAUUAACCGCUGUCUCGAUGAGCUCAAGGAACUCAUGGUCAGCGCUCUCCAAUCGGAAGGUGAAAACGUCGCCAAACUGGAAAAAGCCGAUAUUUUGGAAUUGACUGUGAACCAUCUUCAUAAACUCCGCCGACAACGUCGCCUGUCUCUGAACUCGACAGUCGACACAGACCGCUUCAGAGCCGGAUUCACCCACGCCGCUAAUGAAGUGUCCCGUUGCCUGGCUUCGAUCCCCGGAGUGGACGUGAGGCUCGGGACCCAGCUGAUGACUCACCUCGGACACAAACUGAACGACAUCCAGCGCGCUGCCAACACUGACACGCCACCAGCCAGCCCGCCGAGCCCUGCACUAUCGACAGCUUCCUCAUCAUCAGGAUAUGUGACUCCCUCACCGCCGGCGUCACCCAUUCCCAUCCACACCGCCGUUCCUCUGGACUGCACCACCAACUGUUCCAAGACCUCAGUGUGGCGGCCGUGGUAAGAGCGACCUCCCGACCUGCGGACCCGACUCCACGGUCACAUCUGUUCCAACGCCGCUCGGAGUCGCUCGACCCACAAGCGUCCGCUCGUCUAAUGAAUAGUGUUGUGUUACUAUGUAAUUUAGAUCUCACAGUUUAUUAGUGUAGGUUUAAAACGUUUAGUUUGUAAGUUCGAACCGAAAGCUUUAAACAGAUUAGUUUCUAAGUAUAUUUUGUGAUAUUAAAAAAUAAUAUUAUUGUAGAGAUGUAUCGAGCCUUGCCGACUUUGAGUGGGCUCGGAUUGUUAUUAUAUUGUCGUUAAAAAUAUUUUACAGAUAUGUGAACGAUAAAAAGAAUAAUUUAAUAAAAAAAAAUAUUAUCAUAAAAUUUA